AUGUCCAGGCGACGUUUUGGUAUGGAUCUUAUAAAGACAGACAGACCUCAAAGGACUCUAGAAAAUUUAUCUGAAAUUUUUCACAAGUUCAAUUCUUGGUACCUCAACCAAUCUUGCAACAAUGAAACACGUAAUGAAACCACUUCGAAACAACAGCAAAACGAUAGUCACACCGACAACACCAACCACUCAAACACCAUCACACGUGUACACCACAACAAAAUUUCCUGCUUAAGAACUGUGAAACAGGGCGCCAGCAACAAAUCGCACGCAUCCAACAACAGCGUUAGAUCGGAUUCGGUAGAUUGCAUCAAAAUAAAAAAUGACACCACACCAGGAAACAAACCACCAGCCACGUCCGGGAGUGAUAUUUUCAAAGAUUUCCAAUUGGAAGCAGGAAAAUUGGCGCCAAAUAAACACCUCACAAAGGAAACAUGGCGUCUCUGCGUUGAUGUAAAUAAAAAUCAUGAAGCGUUCAACGACGAUUGUAGCAGAAAAAUUUUGCCGGGAAAAUGUUUAGCUCUAAAUUGCGAAACUAAUCCGCCGGGAGAUGGCUCUGCUGGAGAUAAUGCUGAUGAGGAGGAUGAGCACGAGGCGGCAUGUGAUAAAAUAAACUGCAGCGGCAGCAGCAACUGCAAGAGAGGUAGUAGCAAUGCUGGCAACAAUUUUGUUAUUAACGAUGCUGAUAAUCUUGAGAAGAACGUUUUGAACGGUCUCAAUGACGAGCGUCUCAGCCACAAGAAUUUUCUCAUUGGCAGUAAAUGGAACCUCUUUCAUGACGAGCCACAAUUAAACGUGAAACAAGAACUUCCCAACACGACACCCCAACAAAACUGCACUCCACAGCAACAACAACACAUGCACCCCUACCAACAGCAGCACCAUCGAUAUCAUCAUCAACAAUUUCGCCCACAUCAGCCGUCGAUCGCAGAUGAUCGCAACGAUUCGAAAUCGCCAGAAUCGGACAUGAUGGUGGACGUUGAUGACGUCAGCGAGGACGACAACGAUGACGCAGUGUUAAAUAAAAUAUCGAAAUUUCAUUCCGAUGCGUUUUCUAAGCCGCUGACAGCAAAUAAAUUUAAAAUAUCAGAUAUCACCGCUAUUGAACACGAUCAGAAAAGUGAUUGCAAGAGGCGUGAAACGAUCAAGGCCAGCAAGAGAACACAAGCCAUUUGCUUGCCAACGAGUAACAAAUACUUCCAUAAUUCACCCACGCCUCGAGGCAACAGUCCUCUCACAGGCACUUUCUUCAAUAAUGAUAAUAAAAAUAACAGCGGUUUUAAUAAAGAGAUGAAACAGACGUCGUCUUCUACGUAUCCGACAGAUCCGGAAAAAGAAUAUACCGAUCGAUAUCGACCGACCGGCGGAUUUGAAAAGGAAAACUUUUACAUGGGGUGUGUAAAACAUGAGGCCACCUCAAGAGCCGCCGACGAAACUACUAAAAACAGCAGCGGAAAAGAAAUUGAUAACGUUUGCAGCGACGUUGGAGGCCACGAUAAGAAGGGCGAUGAAGACGAUAGAAACAGCGUUAACGAUUUUAAAAACAUAACUACCAACAACAACAACAACAACAGUAGUGGUGUCUACAGCAUUAACACAAUCAACCACAACUCGUUCAAUCGUAACUUUCUAACUGAGUACCAGAACAGAUACAAUUAUUCAUUUAAAAGAAAUAAAGAAGUUCACAACAACAACAACAACGUUAUCGACAUAACAAACAACAACGUCGACAAAGCUAACAACAACAACAACCUCGACAUGGACAAUGAGGAUGAUGAUGAGGACAUCAAACUGCAGACAUACAACGCUGAAACUGACAAGGUGAAUAAUAAUUGGCAGAACAAACUAGUGACCACCGAUGAACUCAAUGAAGACCAGGAAGGAGUCCAGCAAGGCAGACGACAACAACAUUGCGAAUACCACAACGCACAGCAACUGCAACGCGAUUACAAACAACAACAGCGUUUGAUGUCUAGCUUAUGUUUUGAAUUUAAAUUUAAUAAUUCAUCUGCUAAUCGCUUAAUGCCACUAUCGCAAAAUCAACAGCAACAAGAGAAACAACAACAACAACAACAACGACAACAGUCACAACAUCAACACUGCAGCAUAGACAAAGAUGAUGACGUCAAUUACAACAACUUUAACACUUUUGACACAUUCCAACGUCUCACGGACCAACAGAAACGCAGACAACAUCAGCAUCAGCACCAGCAACAGGUGAUGCACUCCUUCCAAGCAGCCAUGUCCCAGGCAUUCAACCUGCAUUGCUUAAGGAACCCUGCCUCUCUCUUCUACUCCCACCAUCAAACUUCUUCCGCUCAUCAAUCGCCUCCGAACGUUUUUGAUCCGGCCAAGAUGCUGGCCGUGGCGGCUGCUGUGGUCGGCAGUCGAGCUCCAGGUGCAAGUGCGAGGUUGAGUCCCAGCGGAAGUCAAGAUGGAGCAGGAAGUAGUGAUGGCGACAGACGCAAGAGGAGUCGCGUGUUCAUCGACCCACUGACUGAGAUUCCUCGUUUGGAAAGAUGGUUUAACGACGACACGCACCCAUCGGCGUUCAUGAUCGAGCAGUUCACCGAAGAGCUCAACAGAUCUGCCUACAGGCAACGUUUUCCAGCCCUCGAGCCGAAAAAUGUUCAACUCUGGUUCAAAAACCACCGAGCCAAGGUGAAGAGACAAAAACUGGAGAUGUCCUGCAUGACUGGUUCUGACAACUUCGCAUGUUCAGGCACUUCGAACGCUAACAACAGCAACAACAUCAGUGGUAACAUGAACGGUGGUAAUAGUGGCGGCGGCUACAACAUCGGCUGCAGCGUCAACAGCGCUGUCAACGGCGCCAUUUCAUUGGCCUCAAGUUCUAGCAUACAUUACACAUCAUAA